UUAUCUAAUGAUCCGGAAUUAAUAAGUGACAUGAAGGGGCAGCCUAGUAAUUUUUGCACCCUUUUACUUUUCUUUAUUAAUUGAUACGGAUGUCAAAGGAGAGAGGAUACUGAUAACCGGUUAAAGUCUAUUUACUAAUUUUUAUAUUUCUUAAUUGGGUAAAAUAUAAUUCAUUUUAAAUUAGAAUUUCAAAAAAUUAUAAAAAUAAAUACAAAUAAUUAUAUCCAUUUUGCUAUAUUACGAGGAAAAACCCCCUUACAAACACGUGUUUGCUGCAAUUUGUUCACUGCCAUAUCGAUAUUUUACAAACAUCUCAUGCUGCUUCUACGGCUUUCUAUCUGGGUUGGUGGGCGACGGCUUUUCUUCUGUGUGCUCGUUUUGAGCAUCUUCGCAUGACGUCUGGUGGUUGCAGGUGUCGAGGGAGGGUCUGCCAGUUGCUGCCAGCGGCGGUGAAGUUCCAAGAGCAAACAUUUUAGCAGCUAGGGUUAGAAGAGUUGUGUUCGGGUCGGGCCAUGGACUGGCCCCUAUUGGGUUUCCAGCGUUUUGGGUGGGCUUUGGGUUUGGCUUCUCUAGCUUUUGUUGUUAUUUUGUUUGUUUGUUUCCUUUUCCUCUGGGCUUGGCCCAUUUACAUUCUUAAUGAAACCGUUCAAAAAAAAAAAAAAAACACUAUCGUAUCAUUAUCAUGUAAUUAUUGUUUAAAGAGAAAGAUUUCAUAUACUAUCUUAACACUAUCACACGACUCAUACGAACACCAUACCAUUUAUGAUAAGAUUUUAUAAGUCAUCUCGCUACGAUUAUAUCUUACUAUUAUGAUAAGACUAACAACACUAGCAUAUUACUUUAGCAAUAAUAUCAUGGUAUGACAUUGGUAAAGCGAUACGAAAAUUUCUUGCUCCAACAAAUAUUAAAAUCGAUAUAAUCUCGUAUACUUUACAAAUCAAACACUAAAUUGUUUUAUGAGAAAUCCUUUUCUUUUGUUUAUAAAUUGUUUUUUUUAAGUUUCAACAAAAUACUAUUUUUACAAAAACUACAAAUAAUCAUAAUAACGAUUACAAAUUUACAAUGUAGAAUGUAUCGUAUACUCUCCAAAUAAAUCAAGAGCGUAAUUGUACCCUAUAAACAAACAUAAUUGAGGUUGAUGUUAUUAAUGGUGAACGGCUAUUUGCCGCCAAUCAAAUUGCUAUUUACCGCCAACUAAAAAAAAAAAAAAUUCAAAAUUUGAAUUUUCUAUUCCUUCCCAGUGCCUCCGUCGCCGGUAAAAAAAAAAAUUUAAUUUUGAAUUUUCCCUUCCUUCCCAGUGCCUCCGUCGCCGGCACCGUUCUUCCGUCGUCGGCUAACCUCCCGUCGCCCUCAAUCGUCGAAAAACAAGUAAGUUUACUUUUUCCGGCCAGUUUUCCAGUUUUCCGGUAAGUUUUCCAGUUUUCCGGCGAAAAACACGGCGGGCCGAAAAAAAAUUGCGGCCAGAACGUCGCCGAGCCGAAAAAAAUUUGUGGGCGGGACGACGGCCGGCCGAAAAAUUCUUUCGGCCCGGCGACGACACGGCCGCAAAUUUUUUUCGGCCGGUCGCCGAACACGCCGGCCAAAAAUUUUCCGGCGGCGUGUUCGUCGGCCGGCCGAAAAAAAUUUGCGGCCGGAGCGACGUCGGGCCGAAAGAAUUUUUUUCGGUCGGUCGCCGAACACGCCGGCCAAAAAUUUUCCGGCGGCGUGUUCGUCGGCCGGCCGAAAAAAAUUUGCGGCCGUGGCGUCGCCGGGCCGAAAGAAUUUUUCGGCCGGCCGUCGUCCCGGCCACAAAUUUUUUUCGGCUUGGCGACGUUCGGGCCGCAAUUUUUUUUCGGCCCGUCGUGUUUUUCGCCGGAAAACUGGAAAACUGGCCGGAAAAAGUAAACUUACUUGUUUUCCGACGAUUGAGGGCGACGGGAGGUUAGCCGACGACGGAAGAACGGUGCCGGCGACCGACGAUUGACUUGCCUCGCGCCCGAUCUUCGUCCAAUCGACCCCGAACUCGCUAGAAAUCCAUAAUGAAAUUCAUAAGUUCAUAAUGACACUAGGGUCAUUAAAAAUACAACUAGAAAAACAACAACAUAUAAAUAGAGCAUUGCAACACGACACACGAUUUACGUAGUUCACUAACACGAAGUAUUUAUAGUACUUCUCCAUGUGGGUCUAAACCUAAUCCAAUAUGACAAAGGAAACGGUUACAGACCAGGCCCAGAACCCGAACCCAAAUAACAUUGAGCCCAUACACCGUGGGCCGGGGGCGUUGCCCCCGCACCCCCACCGGGGCGUUGCCCCUGGACCCCACUCGCUGACCGGGCAGCGAGACCCCCGAUUACCAGUCGUAGCGGCUGAUAGUCCGAUUCAAGUCACAUCAACAAAGGGUUUAUGGUUCAGGGUUUAGGGUUCAGGGUUCACUUAGGGUUUAGGGUUUGAAACACAUGGUUCGUGUAGCACUUUGCCCACAUUGUCUGAUGGUUAGUGAUGAUUCAUGGAUGCGUGUACGCAUUAUAUGUCGAGGAUAGGCUUUCCCGAUGAUUUUCCGACGACUUUUCCGGCGAGCGUUGAAUUUUUCUGAUUCAAUACGUUCUCUGAAAGUUGGAUAUGUUGUAGAUUGUGAAACUCCUUAACCAAAGAUGUAUAUAUAUACAUUUUUUUUCAUCGAUGAUUUUCCGGCGACUUUCCGGCGACUUUUCCGGCGACUUUUCCGGCGAGCGUUGAAUUUUUCUGAUUAAAUACGUUCUCUGAAAGUUGGAUAUGUUGUAGAUUGUGAAACUCCUUAACCAAAGAUGCAUAUAUAUACUUUUUUUUUGGUUGGCGGCAAAUAGCAAUUUGGUUGGCGGCAAAUAGCAAGCCCCUUAUGGUUCAGGGUUUAGGGUUCAGGGUUCACUUAGGGUUUAGGGUUUGAAACACAUGGUUCGUGUAGCACUUUGCCCACAUUGUCUGAUGGUUAGUGAUGAUUCAUGGAUGCGUGUACGCAUUAUAUGUCGAGGAUAGGCUUUCCCGAUGAUUUUCCGACGACUUUUCCGGCGAGCGUUGAAUUUUUCUGAUUAAAUACGUUCUCUGAAAGUUGGAUAUGUUGUAGAUUGUGAAACUCCUUAACCAAAGAUGCAUAUAUAUACUUUUUUUUUGGUUGGCGGCAAAUAGCAAUUUGGUUGGCGGCAAAUAGCAAGCCCCUUUAUAUGUGGUGGCCGGAAGGAAGCCGACAACUAAACCCGGCCCUAUCUCCCGCUGUCUCUCCAUUCAUCAUCCGUUUUCCGUUCACAUUUCCCUCUCAUCAACUCCGGCGCCGUGGACAUCUUUUCCUCUCCUUCUCCUUCUAAAUUUAAUUCCCCACAUUACUAUUAUUUUGGUAAGCAAGCUAGCUAGCUAGCUCCACCGCCGAAACUAGACAAAACAUGAAUCACUACUUGCACUUCUGAAUUCUGAUCAUUGCUCCCCACUAUGUCUAUCGCGCUUCCCCGCUUUCUAGAAUACCGUAACGAAAUGAAAACCAGAGAAGUAAAAGAAUGCACUCGACUAGCAAGGUGCAUAUGGUUCGCGCACUUAUUAUUCUCCCGAUGAUCUCUCCUAUACGUUAUUCGGAGCAAGUGAACUGCACAUUGAGAAUCAAGUUGGAGUAGUCUGACUCAUUUUGUGCCCUAGGGUCACAUACCGAUUGAAGACCCUCUAAUAAAGUGUCUCUCAACUCUAGCAACGUAAUAGAACAGGUGCUCCGGUUCAUUGCAAACUCUGUUGUCGCAACGUCUUGGAUGCUCUCGUAUUAGGACUUCCCUGCUACUGCUUGACGCGAAACAGUAUGAAUUUAACUGUCUGGGUUGAAUUUAAUAACCAACUCGAAGGAGAGAUUUACGUGAGAUCUCCGCCUACAUCGUGGUGGGUGUUUCAUCAAUUCUCUCUUAUAAUGCGAGAUUAUGUUGAGAAAUCGACCCACCUCCUUUGUCAACUAAAUCAACAGAGUAAUCAAAGAAAAUAGCUUUCUCGAAACAUAAUUGGGACAAAUGGUCCAAUAGAAUAACUGACUUGUU